CCCUCCGCCCCCCGCGCGCCUGCGGGGAGAGCUCGCUCGCCCGGCUCUGCGGCCGCCGCCACCCGCGUCGCCUCUCGCUCCUGCCGCCGGCGUGCGGGGACCGAGCCCCGCGGCUGCUGCGCGGCGCUGGGUGGGCGGGCGGCGGGGCCCGCGCGGCCGCUGAGCGCUCGGCGCAGCGGCUCCGCCCGGAGUCCGGCCUGCGCGGCGCGGUGACAGGUGCAGGGUCCCGGCUGCAGACCCACCUGCGCGGGGGGCGCCGCGAUGUCCACCAUGCGGAGGACCGUGUCGGAGAUCCGCUCCCGGGCGGAGGGUUAUGAGAAGACCGAUGAUGUUUCAGAGAAGACUUCCCUGGCAGACCAGGAAGAAAUACGGACUAUAUUCAUCAACCAGCCCCAGCUGACGAAGUUCUGCAACAACCACGUCAGCACUGCAAAAUACAACAUCAUCACAUUCCUUCCACGAUUUCUCUACUCGCAGUUCAGAAGAGCCGCCAAUUCAUUCUUUCUCUUUAUUGCACUGCUUCAGCAAAUACCUGAUGUAUCACCAACAGGUCGCUAUACCACACUGGUUCCUCUUUUAUUUAUUUUAGCUGUGGCAGCUAUCAAAGAAAUCAUAGAAGAUAUUAAACGACAUAAAGCUGAUAAUGCUGUGAACAAGAAACAGACACAAGUGUUGAGAAAUGGUGCUUGGGAAAUUGUACACUGGGAAAAGGUGGCAGUAGGGGAGAUAGUGAAAGUGACCAAUGGGGAGCAUCUCCCAGCAGAUCUCAUCAGCCUGUCCUCAAGUGAGCCCCAGGCCAUGUGCUACAUUGAAACAUCCAACUUAGACGGUGAAACAAACCUGAAGAUUAGACAGGGCUUACCAGUGACAGCAGAUAUAAGAGACAUUGACAGUUUGAUGAGAAUUUCCGGCAGAGUUGAGUGUGAAAGUCCAAACAGACAUCUCUACGAUUUUGUUGGAAACAUAAGGCUUGAUGGACAUGGCACCGUGCCCCUGGGAGCCGAUCAGAUCCUUCUUCGAGGCGCCCAGUUAAGAAACACGCAGUGGGUUCACGGAAUAGUCGUCUACACUGGACACGACACCAAGCUGAUGCAGAAUUCAACAAGCCCACCACUUAAACUCUCAAACGUGGAACGAAUUACAAACGUACAAAUUUUGAUUUUGUUUUGUAUCUUAAUCGCCAUGUCCCUUAUCUGUUCUGUGGGCUCGGCCAUCUGGAACCGACGGCAUUCUGGAAAGGACUGGUAUCUCAACCUCAGUUAUGGUGGCGCUAAUAAUUUUGGACUGAAUUUCCUGACCUUCAUCAUCCUUUUCAACAAUCUCAUUCCUAUCAGCUUAUUGGUUACAUUGGAAGUGGUGAAAUUUACCCAGGCAUACUUCAUCAAUUGGGAUCUCGACAUGCACUAUGAGCCCACAGACACUGCUGCUAUGGCUCGGACCUCUAACCUGAAUGAGGAGCUCGGCCAGGUAAAAUACAUCUUUUCUGACAAAACUGGAACUCUGACAUGCAAUGUGAUGCAGUUUAAGAAGUGCACCAUAGCUGGGGUUGCUUAUGGCCAUGUCCCUGAGCCUGAGGAUUAUGGCUGCUCUCCUGAUGAAUGGCAGAGCUCACAGUUUGGAGACGAAAAAACAUUUAAUGAUUCAUCAUUACUGGAAAAUCUCCAAAAUAAUCAUCCAACUGCAUCUACGAUCUGUGAAUUUCUCACCAUGAUGGCGGUCUGUCACACAGCAGUCCCUGAGCGAGAGGGUGACAAGCUCAUUUACCAAGCAGCAUCUCCAGAUGAGGGAGCUUUGGUCAGAGCAGCCAAGCAAUUGAAUUUUAUUUUCACUGGAAGAACACCUGACUCAGUGAUUAUAGAUUCACUGGGGCAAGAAGAAAGAUAUGAAUUGCUCAAUGUCCUGGAGUUCACCAGCACCAGGAAAAGAAUGUCGGUGAUUGUUCGCACUCCAUCCGGGAAGUUACGACUCUACUGCAAAGGAGCCGACACCGUCAUUUAUGAUCGACUGGCAGAGACUUCAAAAUACAAAGAAAUUACCCUAAAACAUUUAGAGCAGUUUGCUACAGAAGGGCUGAGAACGUUAUGCUUCGCUGUGGCCGAGAUUUCGGAGAGUGACUUCCAGGAGUGGCGAGCAGUCUACGAGCGCGCGUCCACCGCCGUGCAGAACCGGCCGCUCAAGCUGGAGGAGAGUUACGAGCUAAUCGAAAAGAAUCUUCAGCUUCUUGGAGCUACCGCCAUUGAGGAUAAAUUACAAGAUCAAGUGCCUGAAACCAUAGAAAUGCUCAUGAAAGCAGACAUCAAAAUCUGGAUCCUCACUGGGGACAAGCAAGAAACUGCCAUUAACAUUGGACACUCCUGCAAACUUCUGAGAAAGAACAUGGGAAUGAUCGUUAUUAAUGAAGGCUCUCUUGAUGCAACAAGGGAAACCCUCAGCCGUCACUGCACCACGCUGGGCGAUGCCCUUCGGAAGGAGAAUGACUUUGCCCUUAUCAUUGACGGGAAGACCCUCAAGUACGCCCUGACAUUCGGAGUGCGCCACUACUUCCUGGACCUCGCUCUGUCCUGCAAAGCGGUAAUUUGCUGCAGGGUUUCUCCCCUUCAAAAAUCUGAAGUUGUGGAGAUGGUUAAGAAACAAGUCAAAGUGAUAACACUUGCGAUUGGUGAUGGAGCCAAUGAUGUCAGCAUGAUCCAGACGGCACAUGUCGGCGUGGGUAUAAGCGGGAAUGAAGGCCUUCAGGCAGCGAAUUCUUCUGAUUACUCCAUCGCGCAGUUCAAGUAUUUGAAGAAUUUAUUGAUGGUCCAUGGUGCCUGGAACUAUAACAGAGUCUCCAAGUGCAUUUUAUACUGCUUCUACAAGAAUAUAGUCCUCUAUAUUAUCGAGAUCUGGUUCGCCUUCGUUAAUGGCUUUUCUGGACAGAUCCUCUUCGAGAGGUGGUGUAUAGGUCUUUAUAACGUGAUGUUCACAGCGAUGCCUCCCUUAACGCUGGGCAUAUUUGAGAGAUCGUGCAGGAAAGAGAAUAUGUUGAAGUAUCCUGAGUUAUAUAAAACGUCUCAGAACGCCCUGGACUUCAACACCAAGGUUUUCUGGGUUCAUUGUUUAAAUGGCCUCUUCCACUCAGUUAUUCUGUUUUGGUUUCCACUAAAAGCCCUUCAGUAUGGCACUGUGUUUGGAAAUGGGAAGACCUCCGACUACCUGCUGUUGGGAAACUUUGUGUACACGUUUGUGGUGAUCACUGUGUGUUUGAAAGCUGGCUUGGAGACAUCAUAUUGGACAUGGUUCAGCCACGUGGCGAUCUGGGGCAGCAUCGCCCUCUGGGUGGUGUUCUUCGGGAUCUACUCAUCGCUGUGGCCCGCCAUCCCCAUGGCCCCGGACAUGUCAGGAGAGGCAGCCAUGCUGUUCAGUUCCGGAGUCUUCUGGAUGGGCCUGUUAUUCAUCCCCGUGGCCUCCCUGCUCCUUGACGUGGUGUACAAGGUUAUCAAGAGGACUGCUUUUAAAACCUUAGUAGAUGAAGUUCAGGAGCUGGAGGCAAAAUCUCAAGACCCAGGAGCAGUCGUGCUUGGGAAAAGCCUCACUGAGAGGGCACAGCUGCUCAAGAACGUCUUUAAGAAGAACCAUGUAAACUUGUACCGGUCCGAGUCGCUGCAGCAAAACCUGCUCCACGGGUAUGCUUUCUCUCAAGAUGAAAAUGGGAUCGUCUCACAGUCAGAAGUGAUUAGGGCCUAUGAUACCACAAAGCAGAGACCCGAGGAAUGGUGAUUGGGGAGGGGCGGCCCGGCAGGCAAGCUCGCUGUGUUGCUGAGGAUGGCUCCUGAGUCUUCACGGGAAUCUCCUGGCCAAUUUCAGCCCCAUCCAGGGAGGCGAACGGUGGAUCUGAGCUCACGUCGGUGACUGACAUUCAGAUUCGUGUAUAUUACAGACAAAAGCACUGUGCAACCUACUGUAACACCAUCUCUUUCCGAUUUUGUAAAGUCUUUGCUAAGUCUUUGUAAAGAGAUCGAAAACGACCUUGAAUUUUGCUGGGAGUGCUUUCUUACACUGAGAAAAGAUCAGUAUUCUUAAGCCGUUACUGUGGGGCUAUAACUUAACAAUUUACUGGUUAUACCACAAAGUGACCAACCAUUAAAAACAAAACAAAACAAAAAAAAAAAACCUCUAAAAUGUUCAUAACUGAAGGGGCUCUCGAUAUCCAGACUUAGAUUUCAGGAUAUGUUGGAGAAAAAAACCAGCAUUCUUAAGGAACUGACUCACCUUACUGAACAAAAUUUCUAAACAAGAUAUUACUAAGUGUUUGUGUCAAAAAUUGUCUCGAUAACGUGUUUGCCAAAGAAGUUCAAUAAAUGUAUUUCUUGUCCAGUAGUCAUUUGCCCAGAAAUGUGAGAGUUUACCUCCAGUUCUGCUAUAAGAUCUGCAUGCUUGAACUUUUCCAAUCUAAGAGUGAUUUGCAAAAAAAAAUGAGUAUUUCAAGGCAUUUGCUACUAAAAAAAAAUCUGUGAUGUUGCACCUUUGGCCUUACAAACGCUUCUUUCUUGUCCGUCUCGUGUAUUUGUUCAAGUCAGAGGUCACGCGUGGGAAUGUGACUCUGUCGUUACCCUACUGAUUUCUAAAACUGUGUUUAUGUCUCGGUCCUUUCUAAUGAGGUUUCAUCAUCGUUUAGACUUUUCUAAAAAUCUGGCUUCUGCUGUAGAUUGCGUGAUUAUCAUUUUGUCCUCAAGUUUUCUCUCUCAAGAAAAAUAUGCUUAUGUGUUCGCAUGGGAUUUCUCAUGCUUCUGUCGGGAUGUUUGAAAUAACCAUGUCAGACGAACGCAUGGGCUUUUCUCCUGCGAUUUGGUUCUCCCUGUGUGUUCCCACCAGAGGCGUCUGCUGUCUUGUGUAGCACAGGCCGUGUUAUGCUGACUCCCUGAAACUUAAGGCUGAGGAUUACUUCACAGCUCACUUGUCAAGCAGCUCCCUAAAUAGGUCACAUGCUGCUAAUUGGCACAAAUAAAUAGUACAUUUCCCCCUUUAAAAAAAAAAAAAUACCUAUGUUACUCAAGCCUUAUAACUUUUCCAUCAAAGAACACGUUUCAUCAUGAGCUGGUUUUAUUCAUACGUUUCAAACUGUAUGUUCAGUUUCAUGAUUUAGAGCAUGUCCAAGGCAUCGGAAAUGCCUGCUUUGCUACCAACAAUAAAUGGUGAAGGGGCUGUUUUAAAACCACAACCCAUUUUCUACACGAUUUUUAAAAUAAUUAUUUUAUGUAGGAAGAACUUAAAAGGAAUUCUAGUUUUCAGGUACACGUCAGAGAUCGAUGCAAACUUUUUGCCUUUUAUUCCC